AUGGGAAUUCAAAAGCUACAAGUUGGUAUGGCCGGCCUUGGUCGAGUUGGCAAGUUCCACGCCAUGAACUUCCUCCAGCGUACUCCCCGUGCCGAACUUGUCGCCGCUUUUACUCCAGACCCCACUGAGAUUGCAUGGGGUAGAGUAAACCUGGAGCCUCAUGGUGUCACCCUGUACGACAACUACGAUGAGAUGCUCAAGCACCCUGGUCUUCAAGCUGUGGCCAUUGGAACAGCUACUUCGGUUCAUGCGGAGGAGGCUAUCAAGGCCAUGGACGCGGAAUUGCACGUUCUAUGCGAGAAGCCUCUCUCAAUCCAUAUCGACGUGUGCAAAGCUGUCGUUCAGGCUGCUAAGAAGAAGCCUCACCUCAAGGUGAUGUGUGGCUUCUCUCGACGCUUCGACGAGUCCUACCGGGAGGCAUACAGCAAGGUCGAACAGGGACUGAUCGGACGACCUUCAAUUAUUCGCAGCCAGACCUGUGAUAAACUCGACCCUUCUGGAUUCUUUGUCGAGUACGCAGCUUGGUCUGGUGGGGUUUUUGUUGACAUGGCGGUGCACGAUAUCGAUCUCACAUUGUGGUUCUUCGGAGACGACAUUAUCCCCAAGAGCAUCUCUGCCCAUGGAAUCACUGCGGUUCAGCCCGAGCUGAAGAAGCACAAAGAUUACGAUAAUGCUGUUGGUAUCGUCGAGUUCCAGAACGGCAAGAUUGCCUACUACUACUGCUCGAGGAUGAUGGCUCAUGGACAAGAGGAUACCACGGAGAUUAUUGGUACCGAGGGCAAGUUGGCCGUCAACAACAACCCUCAGCGGAAUUUUGUCAACUACUACCACGCUGGUGGUAUCACUCGUGAAGUUCCUCCUAACUUCAUGGGCCGGUUUGGUCCUGCUUUUGUGCAGGAGGCCAAUGAGUUCACUGCUGCUUGCCUUGACAACACUCCUCUGCCCAUGAAGCUGAGCAAUGCCGUCAAGGCGGUUGAGAUUGGAGCUUAUCUGCAGGAGGCGCUGGUCACCGGAAAGCAGAUUCACUUCGACGAGAUUGGUCGUCGUAUUGAAAAGUCUCAGCUGUAG